CAGCCGCUCAACAAAAACCAAAAAUUUCCAAAAAAGAAAAUCCCCCAAUAAAUCAGAAAGAAAAAAAAAUAAAAAAAUAAAAAAAAGAAGGAAAGAAAGAAGUUUCCACAUCUCUCUCCCCUCCUCUCAAUCCCUCCUCCGUCCCCAUCCUCCCCUUCGGUUAAAACUAUUAUUAUUGUUAUUUUUGGGAUAAAACCCGAUUUUCCUCGCGAAAAUGAAGAUGAGGAUGCUGGAGGAGGAGCUGUUCCCCUCGACGCCGGGCAAGGUGAAGAUGGACCGCGGGGCGCCACCGCCGACUGACGGCAGUUCGCACGUGCUCUCGGCGUGCGACCGUGCCACCAUGUUCCUAGUGGGCCCUCUUCCUCGUCGCGCCUGCCACCGCCUCCUCCUCAGCUUUCAGUCCUUGCGUCCGACCCUCUUCCAAUAUAGGAUCUUCAAUUUGGGGAACACAUCGCCGGUGACCGUGCCCACGUUGGUUUCGAUCUUGGAGAAGCAUUUGAAGGUGAAGGCGAAGAAGAAUGUCAUCGAGAUGCCGGGCAACGGCGACGUGCCUUUUACUCAUGCUAACAUCAGCUACGCCAGGGCUGAGCUCGGGUACAAGCCCACCACGAAUUUGGAGGCGGGGCUGAAGAAAUUUGUUAAGUGGUACCUCUCCUACUAUGGGUAUGCGAGAGUAGGGAAGAAUUUGUAAAUUAUUUGGAAACUUUUUUGUUUUGAUGUUCUUUUUACUUAAAAAGAUUCGAUUAUUAGGGGUUUUUUUUGUCAAUGUCCCGAAAAAACACCGAUUCUUUGCUUGGCGGAGACGGAAAGGGGAAGGAGAUGGGGGGUGGUUGUCUACUUUA